AUGGGUGGUCAAACAUCGCGUAUGGUUCGUGAGAUCGUAGAGGACUCGACGUAUAUUAUCCGUCAAACAAAUCACGCAACUUACCAACGCAGUCGUAAAGCUCAUGAUGAGGUUCAAAUGAAGCUUAUGGAGCUUCGUCAACUUAAACAAGAGAUGCUUGAGUCCACUAAGAGUGAUGCCCAACGUUCCAAUGUCUUUGAAUCGUUCCAAAAAGUUGUUGGGAAGCAAAAAGAAGAACUAGAUGAGCAGGUUGAUGGAUUCGUCCAGCAAUUUGAGCUACCAAAGAGCUAUCAGAAGAUCGCACAUGUUCAUCGUCAAGAGAUAUCUGUAGUCAAACACACGACACAAGAAGCGGCCAAAGCUUUUGAAAAGCCACUGGAGACACCACAGGAAUAA